AUGUUGAUAAAGGUGAAGGCCGAAGUAAAGGAGCAGUCGAUAGCAGUUGCGGAUGAGAAUGAGAAGAUCCGAGAAUUCGUGGAGGUGAUCAAAGCGAAGAUGCAAGCAAUCAGAGAGAUGUUGAAGGAUUAUACAGGGCUUCAAGAGAUGCGAGGCAGGAUGCUAGUUCAACAACAAGACCGGGCGGAGAAGAUAAAAGCAGAAAAGACCGAGCUCGAAGAGAGUUUAUUGGAAACGCGUGGGAUGAAGGCGAAGCUUGAAGAGGCAGAACUGGAGGCGACAAAAAUAUUAAUGCGGCAGCCAGAAGCAUUAGCGAAGGUGGAGGAGCGGAGGACGAGAAUAAAAGAAAUGUCCCCGGCGCAAGAAUUGGGAACGAUCCAAGACGGAUCAGCCGGAGAAGAGCUCGAGGCGAUGAAACGAGACAACAAAAUGGAGGAGCAGGAUGUCCGCACGAAGCUAGUGGCAGUGGUGAAGGCGCAAGAAAUAAAGGCAAAACUGGCAGAGAGAUUGACCGAGUUGGAAGCGCGGAAGCUGAGGCUCGAGGAUUUGAUAGCGGAGGGGCUUGAUUUGGGUGCAAAAGAGCAAGAAGCCGCAGGAAAGAUGCAGAAGCUGGCGGAGAAGGUGGACAAGGCCAGAUCGAUGCUGAAAAAUGAAAGGUUACGAUUGGAAGCAUCACGGGCGCUUGUCCAGCAAAUCAAAGCACGGAUGGUCGAUUCUCGGGCGCUCCGAGAGAGACUGAGCACAGAGUUGAUGACGAUUAUCGCAACGGAUGUGAGGUCCCUCGCACAUGAACAGGAUAUCGCACGUUCGACCGAACUGGAAUUCUCGGGUAGAAGGGCUCCAGCUCCACGGCAUCGCAGGGCGCAUACAGUAUAG